AUGAGUGAUGUUGCCGCAGACGACAAGAAUGACGGGUCAAACCCAGCCCCGAGGUUGAAGACCCGAAUUCUACGUUACGAUGAAGUAUUCGAUGUCCGAGCGGGACAGAUCCGACUCAUAAAAUCAGAGAAGUCCAAUAUCGGAAAGCAAAACAGAAAGAAGGCUGUUUUGAUGGUCCGUAGGCUCAUCAACGAUAAGGGAAUUCACACUGAGACGAAAAUCGACAUCAAAUCCAAGAGAGUUGCCCAGGUCAUGCAGGAAAUCAAUGCAGAUGUCGAGGAAGUAUCUCUGAAGACCAAUCCUCCGGUUGUCACACCCGAAACAAUAUUUCACAGUCAACAGGGACUGCAGGAAUCGUUGGAUAAGGCUAGACAAGCCCUACCUCCAGACGAAGAGCUCGUAGCAGACCUGAUGGAGACAGUGAAAUUCGCCGAGGAAGAACACGCCACGACUAGAGGUAAUCUGCUUAAAUUACUUGAAUCUGGCGAAAUUACAUGGGAGCUCAUAUGGGCCAUCUUCCCGCCCAAUAUUCUGGUGUACCGGUAUCAUCGACUCAUUGAACAAAAUCAGCUUCUUCAGCUGCGAUCUAUCCAGAAGGUGGUUACGUUCAACAGACCACCGUACUGGCAGCUCAAUUGCCGAAUAAUAGUGGACGAUGGUGUUAAGUUCGGUCUGGCCUACGAGCCUUUUCUCAUGGCGAUCGAGGAGUUUUCCGGGACCCGCAAGAUUGUAGAUUUGCGUAUCUUUCCUCUCAAGUACCACGCCCACCCGGAAGCAGUUCGGGCAGAGGCUUUGCGCUACGGACGUCGUUUCGUGGCGCUCAACGAACCUCGCGUAAUGGAGACGAGUGGGCCGGCCAUGUUUGAGAAACGUGAUUCUCGCCGGGAAGCGUACGCUUUCAAGUUUGCCUCCCAGGGUCGGACCAUGAUCGAUCCUGCCGGCUUCCGGUCAUUCAACCCGAAUCUAGAGUUCAUGCCCGAAGUCCACAGAGGGCUCUCGCGGGAAGAAUUGACGGAUGAGCAGCUUAUGACCUGCUCACCAGUCGCAUUCGGAUUUUGCUUUGGCAACAAGAAAUGGGGAGGCUUCGCCACAUCUCGUCUCUCUGAUAUCAAUUGGGAUGAUCAGGCGUUCAAAGACCUUGUUCUCGAUACGCCAACGAAAACUCUAGUUCGUUCGAUGGUGAAGCAACACUCUUCGCAGGACGAUGGAUUCGACGACAUUAUCUCUGGCAAGGGCAAAGGAAUCGUAUGCCUGUUCAGUGGACCUCCAGGAAGCGGCAAGACGUUAACAGCCGAAGCGGUGGCUGAGAUCACCAAACGCCCUCUGUACAGUGUCUCUGCUGGGGACCUUGGCAUUGAUCCCAUAACGGUUGACAAACGACUUAGCGAGAUCCUUGAGCAGUCACACAAGUGGAAUGCAGUGUUACUGAUUGAUGAGGCCGACGUCUUUCUCCAGCAAAGAGAAGCUUAUGAUAUUCAACGAAAUGCACUCGUCAGCAUUUUUCUCCGACAACUGGAGUACUACCAGGGGAUACUCAUACUAACAACCAAUCGUAUCACGGAUUUUGAUACUGCGUUUGAGAGCAGAGUUCACAUCUCACACGAGUACCCUGAGCUCGAUGAGGCUGCGAGAAAACAGAUAUGGUCAAUGUUUUUGAGAAGACUGAAAGACAUGUACAAGGGUGCUACGGUCGGUGUCACUGAGGAAGACAUUUCCUGGCUAUCUAAGCUGGAGAUCAAAAACAUACUUAAUAGCGCCAGAAUCGUGGCCAAGGACAAGGGUGAAGUGUUUUCAAUAUCUCACAUCAAACUUGUUCUCAAUGCCACCAACUCGGACGUACAUGUCAAGCAAGCGGGGCUGAACGGAGCUUAG